AGGAGCAUUUGAAAUUCAGGGUUUUGCAACCACAACAGUUCCAGCUGUUACUAAAGAAGCACUGUCGGAAACAAAAGAUAUUCAGCGUGAAGCAACUACAGAAGUCUCUGCUGUGAUAAGUCAAUCGACGCCUGGAGAAAAUGAAAGUCCAACCACAAAAGUCUCUGAUGUGACUAGCACAGUGAUGCCUGGUGAAAAUCCCCAAAAUCCUACAGAGACAGUGGAAAUUUCAGUGAACAGAACAGAUGAUGAAGAAUCAACUGGCAAAGAAACCACUGACUAUGAAGAGGACAUAGGUGGAGCAUUUGAAAUUCAGGGUUUUGCAACCACAACAGUUCCAGCUGUUACUAAAGAAGCACUGUCGGAAACAAAAGAUAUUCAGCGUGAAGCAACUACAGAAGUCUCUGCUGUGAUAAGUCAAUCGACGCCUGGAGAAAAUGAAAGUCCAACCACAAAAGUCUCUGAUGUGACUAGCACAGUGAUGCCUGGUGAAAAUCCCCAAAAUCCUACAGAGACAGUGGAAAUUUCAGUGAACAGAACAGAUGAUGAAGAAUUCGCACAUAAAUUUUAUCUGAUCCUGAAACCAAUAAGAAAAGCAGCAGUGGUUAUUUUUCUUGUCUCUGCAAGCAUCUUUGCACUUCUUGUUGUGUACUGCAUUGUACUCUUAUGCAAACUAAGGAAAACAGGAAAGGACGAGUUACGGAUGGCUGAGGAAGGUGAAUCUCCUAGAGAAAAUAUUACUCUUAAAGAGACACAUUUAGCUCAUGCAGAUUACAAAGAAGAAAAUCAAGAUGGCUCUACGCACUGGCUACAGUCCUGCUUUACUGCCUGCACUACAACUCUUCUGAGUUUUCUUAUGAAGAAAUGAAUUCUCUCUGCUGUUGGAGAAGCAUUAGUCUGGCACCAGAUACACUUGCACAAGACAUCAUAAGGAUUUAUGACAUGAGAAAUGGAUGGCUUGGGUGCUGGAUUUUAAAUCAUGACAGUAAGGUCCAGGUUGGAACAGGGUGGGUAAGGGUCGGACAAUGAAAAGUAUGCCAACCUGGACAUCACUACUGCAUAUUCCUUUAGAACAUGAACAGCUAAUACUUUUUAAGUAUGACGCUAAUAGGUCUACUUUCAAAUAAAAUGCUGUGCUUACAUUAAUAAAUGUACCUAUUGCAUUAAAACUUUUAUGUGAGUGUAAUUUCUUUCUUAUGUAUCUGCUGUUUACAAGUAUUCUGCACUUCUUGGGUUUAUAUUACAGCCCAUAUAGGACACAUAUUGCCUGAAAGAGAUAAGAGACAUAAUAAGUCAAACCACAUGAAAGGUACACCUUUAAAAUCUUCCCUGUUCCCCUGUAUCUGAUCCCCAAAUGCAAAGCUGCUAUCAACCUUGCUGAGAAGUGUAAAACAAGGAAUUAUUUUGUGGAGACUCAUAUUUAAUUAACAAAGGUAUUUGUACCAACCCUUAUGCACUUCUUACAACUUGUGUAUAGUGCAAUUAUGCCAGUUCAGGCUGCUCAUACAAGAUUUAAAGUACAGGGUGCAAGUACAGAAAGCAAACUUAGAAAUCUUAUCUCUAGGGUUGAACACAGUCCAAUAACUUGUAUCUAGUGAAUCAAACACUAAUGCCAUUAACAAAAAACUAUGUGGCCGAUAGAGGUCCAAAAUGAAAAUACUGCGCACACAAUUUUCACAAACAAUAACUAAGAAUGUGAUAAAUC